GCGAGUCUCUGGAAAACAUCUGAUUCAUUUUGUAACCAGUCCCAGAUGCGGCUGCGUGAGAGCGUGUGUGCAUGAGCGCGGGCGGCAGUUUUGUCAGUGCAUGAGAAUUUGGGGAGAAUAUCUGGGAAGGGGAGGGAAAGAAGAAGCGUGCGGAUUUUUUUAUGAUAACUUUUUAGGUAUGAACGCAGAUACGUGCGUCUCAUACUGCGAUAUGACAUCGAUGGAUUCAUAUUAUAGCACGUCUACUGCGCAAGGUAGGGACCACCAGGCGAACCCUUUCAGGACUUUCGCGACCACCGAGACCAAAUACAGCCCCACGUUCAUCCCGGGCAAAGGGCAGGCUUACGGAGAGAAGUCCCGGAGUCCCUUCCAGCCGGAGUGCCAGUCGCUGGAUGGCGCCGAGGAGGGCACCUUCAACAAAUACCAGCUCUUCAUGCAGCGGCCGACCUGCAAAACUCCGCCCGAAGGCAGCAAGCUGCACGCGGACAGCGGGCACAACGGCACGCUCAUCUCCUGCUACGGUGAGUGCGCCAAAUCUCCUACAAAGUGGAGAAAGAGAGAGCGAUUUGGCCAGAUGCAACAGGUCCGCACGCACUUCUCCACCGCUUACGAGCUGCCUUUACUCACUCGGCCUGAGAACUAUGCACAGAUCCAGAACCCUUCAUGGAUCGGGAGCAGCAGUGGAGCAUCACCGGUGCCUGGUUGCGUCGUGCCUUGUGACUCUGUUCCCUCGUGCAUGCCCCCUCACCCUCACGGCCCCGGAGGCGUCUCCGACUUCCUGGGCGUGCCCAGUCCAGGAAGUAGCCACAUGGGACAGACGCAUAUGGGCAGCCUGUUUGGGGGUGCCGGGAUGGGGGGGGGGAAUCAACGGCUAUGAUCUCAAUGUUGAUCCAGACCGCAAGUCAUCCAGCAUAGCCGCACUGCGCAUGAAGGCCAAGGAACACAGCGCGGCCAUCUCCUGGGCUACAUGAUGUCCCAAACCGAGUCUCACCCGCCCC